AUGCCAAAGCACAUUAUUAUUAUGACACCUGAUGAGGAAGGAGGAGAAGUACCGUGCAAAGUUGAUGUGGAAUAUGAAUGGCUACCCCCGAGAUGCACCAGCUGUAUGACAUUGGGACACUCAGCCAAGGAGUGCACUGUCAACAAACCCAAAUCUAUCAAACCACCGGUUAAUGUGUAUGUACCCAAAGUGGGAGCACUGCGAGGCCCAAUGGUGACUAAAAGAACAAGAGACCACCCAACACCUCACACUGUGGUGAAGCAGACAGAAGACCGUGGUACCCGUCCAACUGCAGCGGGACCCAGUCGGGAAGAGAGAGUCGGCCUGUGUAUGCUAAGGCGGCCGAAUUUGGAGAGGAUCAUGCAGCAGAAGAGGGCAAAGAUGGAAUGGAUGAAGGGUGAUGACCAGUGCUCCAGAGUGUUCUUUCGUAAAAUUGCCCAAAGAAGGACUGCUAGACGAAUCAUGCAAAUUAAUGAUGCCCAAGGAAUUACAAUAACGGAACCAAAUGCAGUCAUACAUGAAUUUAUCUCCUAUUAUCAAUCCUUACUAGGGGGAGACAGGCGUCAGAGGGUGAUGGACCUUCGGUUUCUUCGACCUUGGGCGAGGCAUAUCAUAACAACUGAGGAGGCAGGCCACCUACUUGAACCGUUCAGUGCAGAGGAUAUAAAAAAAGCUGUUUUUGACAUCGGCAAGGAUAGAGCACCUGGACCUGAUGGCCCCUGCCAGGCAGCGUUUGUCCCUGGCCGGAGCAUAGGGGAUAAUGUUAUGUUAGCACAGGAACUCUUCACUGGUUACAAUCAGGCCCGACUCCCACCGAGAUGUGCUUUGAACGUUGACAUUCGGAAGGCGUAUGAGACUGUCGAAUGGAAUUUCCUGCUAUCGGUGCCUCAGCUUUUCGGUUUCCCAAAGACUUUCAGUCGAUGGGUUGAGGAGUGUAUCAGUUCACCUUCCUUUUCGGUGGGGAUGAACGGAAAGCCACAUGGAUAUUUUGCGGGUGCCAGAGGGCUUCGACAGGGCGACCCCUUAUCACCAUAUCUCUUCGUCCUUGUGAUGGAGGGAUUGGCACUGUCAUAUGCCGGCAGGGUACAAAUCAUUAAGGCUGUUCUUGUGGCUAUGGGUGUCUAUUGGGCUUCAGCAUUUAUUUUGCCAAAAGGGGUCAUUAAAAACAUUGAGAAGCGAUUGCGAGCCAUCUUAUGGAGAGGUACGGGAAAUAGUGGAUACCCUAAAGUUGCAUGGAAGGAGAUUUGCAAACCGAUGGAGGAGGGAGGCCUUGGCCUUAAGGAUAUGGGAACUCUUAAUCGAGCAUUGAUGUGCAAAAAACUCUAUGAAGUCAUCCGAUGUGAUAGGACUUCUAUUUGGGUCGAGUGGUUGCGGCAUGGCAGACUACGAGAUGAUUCGAUAUGGGCUAUCCCGGAGAAUCGUGGACCAUGGGGAUGGAAAAAAAUGUUGAGGUUGAGAGGCUGGUUACGCUCAGUGGUGGAAUAUCGCAUUGGUGAUGGAAGUGAUUUUUUCUUAUGGAAGGAUCCCUGGCAUCACCUUGGACCCCUCCUAGACAGAUUUCCGCGGGGACCCAACAGUUUGGGAUUGCAUGAGUCUACCAUGCUAUGCUCGGUUAUCUGUGAGGGUCAUUGGCACUGGCCAUUGAUCACGGACAUGGAAUGCGUGGAGAUUACACACGUGCUGCCUCGGAUCCAUGGGGGUACAGAUCGUAUUAUAUGGAAAGGCUCGAGUGGGAAACCCACUACCCAGGAUGUCUAUCGGGCUAUGAUACCAGCAGGACCGAAAGUAGAUUUAGUAGAAGAUGCCUCAGUAGUAUUCGGCGCAUUGUACGAUUCCAGUGGCCUAAUCGGGAUUGGGUCAGUGAUGUUGAAUGGGGUGCAAGAAAAUGGCGUGGGAAGCACAUCAUCAAUAUAUCCUACCGAUGCCUGCUUGGAUCGUGUGUAUACCAUAUUUGGAGGGAGAGAAACCUGA